UAUCAUUAUUACCCAACGCGCAUACGCAGUAUGAACUGUAUUACAAAGUUAUUAUGUACACACCAUAGAAAUGUCAGUUGAGCGAUGCAGCUAGUUUACGCAUAUAGGUUAUAGUAAUGUCAAACACCGAGGGAGCAGAAAGAUGGCGGUCAAGCGGUAAUUUCACUAUGUUCGGGUGUAUAUAAUUUUUUAAUGGCGCGUCUCGUACUCCCAGGGGAUUCACCGAAAUCAUAAUAUUAUCGUGCGAUGUAACCACAGUGCUCACGACCGUCCCGUAAAGUAGUAGACCGUGUCAAGAACGGAAGAACAACGAAGGAGAGGGAGAAAAAGAGCGAAAGAAAGAGAGAGAGAGAGAGGAAAGAGACUACAGAAAGAGAACGGACCCAGUUUAUACGUAACGAGUAUAGAAGCGGUUCAUUGCUCCGCUCCGAGUUGUCGCCAAGAUGGAUUGGGACUCAAUCACGAUGUCGAGCCUUCAUCUAACAAUGACCGAACACCUGUAUUACGAAGACAUUUUCAGUUAUUGUUGUGAGAAAGCUGACAGCGAUAAGGAAGUGCCGGUGAUCAAAAUCGCUGAGCUACUUCGUUCGGCUAAUUUGCCAGGAGCUGUCACGAUGGAGAUACUGGAUAUCUGUUUUGGGGCUGAAGCAGCAUAUAUCGACACUCAUUUGGGAAGGAAACAGUUCUACGCAUUAUUGAAGCUUGUAGCAGCUCAUCAAGCAGGACUUAGUAUUCAUAAAGACAUAAUUACCAUGCCUUUGGAUAUAAUAACUUUGCCCAGAUUUACUUGGCCAAUGUCAGGAGACAAAGAGGGGAGAAGAAGUUCCGAUUCAAAUAAAGCUAUGAAAAGUCGACACCAUACACCUGAAAGCACUACAGAAAGUGAAAGCGAAGCAGAAUCUCCAAGAGAAACUGGUGCUAGUACAGAUUCGCCGACACCGACAAAUAGUGUCACACAGGAAAGAAAUAAUGAUAUACAUGGUGAAACGAUAUUGGACUCUGUAUCUGGUGGUUGGCAAGGCUUAUUAGUAUCCGAAGAACAGAGGCAACUAUUAGGAACUGAAGAAGAAAGUUCGGAGCGUCACAGCAGUGAUGAAGGUGAAGGAGAUGGCGAUGGUUCAGGAUUCCCACCAGAAGAAGUGUGGAUAAUUAGUGAUGAACAACGUGAUUAUUAUGCAGCUCAGUUUGCGCAACUACAACUUGAUUCUGAGGGACUGUUGCACGGUCCCAUUGCAAGGACAUUCUUCGAAAAGUCUGGACUUCCUUUAGGGCAACUUAGUCGCAUUUGGCAGCUAGCAGAUAUAACUAGAGAUGGAGCAUUAAGUUUAGAAGAAUUUUUUGUGGCUAUGCAUCUUGUUGUGUUACGAAGGAAUAAUGUGCCUCUACCUAAUGUUUUACCUCCACCUUUACUAUUCCGUUUGGUUUAUCAAAACAAUGGUCCAGUAUCUGUUCCAUCAACUACAACUACUCAAAAGACUCCACCCAAUUCCACCAGUACUCAUGAGAAAAAUAAAGAAUGGACAAAAUUUGUUGAUUCACCAACUGGAACUAGUAGUUCUCUCACUAGUCCAGGUCUACAGUUAGUAAAUUUCGAUUUCCAAAAGUCUGCCGUCGAAAAAGACCCUAAAAUUCUGCAUCCUGUACCGUUACGGUUAACGCCUGAAGCAGCGAUUCUUGCUUCUGGAGCAAACGGUAACAAUAGUAACUGCGUUACAUUAGGAGAUGAUGAUCUCCAACGCGCUGCAAGUACAUUGGUGCAACGACCUCUUAUAAAAAAACCACUUCCACCUCCUGAAGAAGCUAUUAUUGUAACUCCAAAGAAGGAACCACCACCUCCACCACCACCCAGACCAUACAGAACACAUGCAAGAAGUUCUAGUCUUGAUCUUAAUAAAUUAGGGAAAAAUGGUCAAAGUUUCCUCGGAGCACCUCCACUAGUUCCACCAAGAAUCUCUCCUGGAAUCACUUCACCUCGAAAAUUGGUUGGUCAAAAGAGUGAGGGAGAAGGACAAAAAACAUUAAACGAAAAUCAGAGUUUUAUUGCUGAUUUUUCUCACUUUUCUCCAAAGAGCGAACUACCUGAAAAUCUACCUUUGGAAACAGUACCCCCCCAAUCACAGCAAUUUAGUGGUGUCUGUGGUGCAUUUCAUAUUUAUAGAAAACCCAGUCCAAAACGAGAAGGAGGAGAAGAAGACACACCUAAAGAUGAGGUAGAAGAGUCAAAGAAAUUAACGCUACAAGAAUUACGAGAAAAAAACGCUGAGCUCCGAUUAGUCUGUGAAGAAUUAACACGAGAAUUAGCUAGCGCACUUCAGGAACGUAUAAAUCUCCGUGCAAAACUUUUACUCUUAACAUGAUGUAAUGUGUUAACAUUUGUAAAAGUUCCAAACAGUGAAUUACCGAUUUCUCCUAAAUUCAUUAUAAAAUCGAGUAUUUCAUAUGUCGUACUAGUCUAGUUUUCUCUACUUUUUUUUUGCGAUAAACUAUCGUAUAUUCGUAAUAAUUAGAGUAACCAAAUGUUAACAUUACAAAACAGAUAAUCAUUUAAAAAAAAAUUUCUAUUUUUUAUGCAUAGUAUUGUUCUAAAUUGCUAAAAAGUAGUUCUUUAUAUACUGAAAAAUCUAUUAAAAAGUUGAACAUUUACAUCGAGCAAUAGUCAAAGCUUGAUGAUUAUUGUACACUGCAAAACUAUAGAAAGAAUAUUAUAAAAAAUGAGUGAUAGAUGUUGAUUGUUUACGAUGACAAAAUAAAACUGUAUUUUCGUAUCGCUGUACAAUCAAAUUUUUCAAAUGCAUGGCAUAUAGAGCAAAUCGAUAUUCCUGAAAAAAAAACUGUUAUAAAAUGUAUUUUAUUUCGUGAUAAUUGUAAAUAGUUAAUAGAAUUAGAACAAGGAAUGAGAUAAAAUGAAAUCUGCAGAAGCAGAACAUUUAAAGACUUAUUAAAUUGUUAAUGAUUCGACUUGAUUUAUGUAUUGUUCUAAUUUUACAUUAGUUUGGUUAUUGUUUAAUGUAUCGCUUUCAAUCGCAAGAAAUAAUACUUCACAUCAUAUUACGGUCAAGUCUCGAUAUAAGGCCCUGGAUGAGACUAGGAACAGGAAAGUGGUAGAUAAGGUCAUAUAAAAGAAACUCCUUUUAGCAUUUGAAUAAACAAAGUUCUUUCGCCGAAAAUUUGAAAAUAUUAAAUUUUGGAUACUUGUAAAUUUAAAAAUUUUUAAUUUUCAAGCACAAUCAAUGAUUAAGAAGCACCAAUAGUAUAUGCGGAAAUCUGUAUGGACGUUGAACGGGCCAUAUAGCGAGAUUGCACUGUAUAAAAUGUUUGUUAUACUGCUUCUAUAAAUUAUAGUAUAUUACUGACACAAUAGCUAUCUCCUUAAAAGUAGUUUCAAUUUAUCAUUAUAAAAGAAUGAUUUAACGUUGCUGAGAACCGUCAAAUAAUUCUUCGUGCCAUACAAUAUGAUAUUUUAAUAUUAUUAAUGAUUACAACCACUACUGAUUGCUAGAAACUAUUCCUCUUGUUGUUGAAACUAUUUAGAACUAUUUCGAUCAACAAUCAUAAAAGGGUCUUUUUUGUAUGUGUAUAGAAAUUAUGUAAAGAUAGCAUGUAAAAAGUAUAUAAAGUUAACUGUUAUUUUACUCAUUCCUUUUGUCCAUAAUAAUUGUGUAAAAAUGUAACAAUAUAUGCAAACAAUUGAUUGAAGAAUCGAAUAAAGCAUUCUCUUAGUUUCAUAACAAUUUUUAUUGAUGUCAAUGUAUGAAUGGUAAAUAAUAUUAAUGUUACAGAAAUGAAUCACAAAUAUUUUAAGGUCUCUGUUAUGAAGGUUGAAUGAAUGAACAAUAGAAAUCAAUUAAAUGUAAUUGUACUUAGAUAAUACAA